UGGGGUUGUUAAUUAAAUGAGAAAAGUUGGCGUAUAAAUUAUGGUGAGAGUGCAAUCCAACGAAUUAAAGUGUUUAUUUUUAAUUUGAAGACUAAUUUCGGCGCUUUGUACGUGGGUUCUUCCUCUUCCUUCCUCUUCUCCCUCUGUCAACUCCGCUCUCUCUCUCUCUCUAGCACGCAGACUAAACACGCGUUUCUGCAUACGUAUACAUACACUUGUUUUUGUAUCUAUUACUUUUUUUCUCUCCGAAUCUAUCCAUUGCGAUUACGUCAGAUGUUUGAAGUGCAAACGUUAAGAACGAAGCGGUGAAGCCUAUAUCAGAGGUGAUUUCAGCUGCAAGUUCGAGUAUCUAUCGGUGUCUUGCGCCUCGGAUUUAUCGAAUCGGUGGCUUGAAGCUAUUUUAUCAGAAAUUGAAAAGGCAUAUGAGAGGAUCAACAUCAUGGAGGUGGCUAAUCAAGAAAAGAUAUUACUUAUUUGAUGGGGGAUUAUGUGGGGCAAAGAUGAAUCAGCUGCCGUUUAUGGGAGUUGUCUGUACAGUUAUGUUAUUCGUCAUAUACAGGACCACAAAUUAUCAGUACCAACAGACAGAGAUGGAUUCAAAAUUGCAACCUUUCUACACAUCAAAGGAGACACCAGUAGAUACAACAAGAUUGAAUAGUCUACCUCGUGGUAUCAUUGAAGCAAGAUCAGACCUGGAGUUAAAGCCUUUAUGGGCAACAAGCAGUCAUAACUCACAGAGAAGUGUAAGGGAAUUUAACAAUUUGCUAGCAAUGCCUGUUGGAAUUAAACAAAAGAAGAAUGUCUGCACUAUUGUUGAAAAGUUUCGUCCAGAGAAUUUUACUAUUGUUCUGUUCCACUAUGAUGGAAACGUGGAUGGGUGGUCAGACCUGGAAUGGAGUAGGGAAGCUGUACAUAUAGUAGCUCACAAUCAAACAAAAUGGUGGUUUGCGAAGCGCUUUUUACAUCCUGCUGUUGUGUCUAUCUAUGAUUACAUAUUCCUAUGGGAUGAAGAUUUGGGAGUAAAAAAUUUCCACCCUGGAAGGUAUCUGCAAAUUGUAAAAUCAGAAGGACUUGAAAUAUCUCAGCCGGCUUUGGAUCCAAAUUCUACUGGCAUACAUCACAGGAUCACUAUAAGAAAUAGAAUGAAAAUAUUUCAUAAAAGAGUCUAUGAUGUCAGAGGUAGCACGAAGUGUUCAGAUGAUAGUGAGGGGCCGCCAUGCAGUGGAUUUGUGGAAGGAAUGGCUCCUGUGUUUUCAAGAUCAGCUUGGCAUUGUGCCUGGCAUUUGAUACAGAAUGAUCUUGUUCAUGGAUGGGGAAUGGAUAUGAAACUUGGCUAUUGUGCACAGGGGGAUCGUACCCAAAAGGUGGGAGUAGUUGAUAGUGAGUACGUAGUUCAUCAGAGCAUACAAACUUUGGGCGGGCAGUCUGCAAAAAAGGUCAAGAAUCCUGAAGAAACUGUUAAGAGGCAUCCUGUUGACGUUAGAUCAGAGAUUAGGAGGCAAUCAACAGUAGAGCUUCAAAAAUUCAAGGAGAGAUGGGAGCGAGCCGUGAAGGAGGACAAGAGAUGGGCCGAUCCGUUCCCUCCAAGCCCAAUGCGGAAGCUUAGGCGCAACCGUAAGCGCGGCUAUUCUAAGGUCUAACUAGGCAAAGUUCACUGUAAAUUUUCUCAGUCUGUCCGGCCAAAUGUCGAUUCUCGUAAUUAUUUUAUUUUUUAGUGUUCAUAGUUUAGCCCAAUUCCGCCAUUGAUCUAAAAGCAUGCCAGAGGGUCAUUAGCAUACAUGCAUACACACCAUCACAGUGGUCAGAUUUGAGUAGGACUAGAAUUCUCAAAAUCCCUAGUCUUGUGAAUUUAUGCAAUUACAUCAAUUAUAAUUUCAAUAGAAAUAUAUCAUUUCCAGUA